AUGGCUUCCAGACCAGAAUUAAAGGUGGACGACGAAGGUGGCUUCAUUCGAGCAUUCAGAUCACUGCCUGCGAAGACCGACAACGAUACCAUACGAGUCGUGGAUAGGAAUGACUUCUUCUCUGCACAUGGUGAAGAUGCAGAAUUCAUUGCAAGAACAAUUUACAAGACUACAGCGGUCAUCAAGAAUCUCGGACGUGGCGAUGUACUACCCUCCGUAACAAUGACAAUCACUGUCUAUCGCAACUUUCUCCGAGAGGCACUCUUCAAGUUGGGCAAGAGGAUAGAAAUAUGGCAAGCUCCGGGCAAAUCAAACCUGAAGAUGGUGAAGCAGGCCAGUCCAGGAAAUCUACAAGCUGUCGAAGAGGAACUAGGAGCUGGCAUGGACAGUGAAGGCAGUGGCGCUCCAGUCAUGCUCGCUGUCAAAGUGACUGCGAGAGCCGGUGAAGCCAAAUCCGUCGGAGUCUGCUUCGCUGAUGCCAGCGUACGUGAACUUGGUGUCAGCGAGUUUCUCGACAACGACAUAUACUCGAACUUCGAAAGUCUGUUGAUCCAGCUCGGUGUGAAGGAAUGUUUACUGGUCAAGGAUACUGCAAAAGAUGGGAAGCAAAAAGAUCCGGAGCUUGCGAAGUUACGCCAAAUUGCAGACUCUUGUGGUAUAGCUAUUUCUGAACGUCCUGCGCCUGACUUUGGCACUAAAGACGUGGAAGACGAUAUAGCUCGUUUACUCAAGGGGGAAGGAGCGUCUGGAAGACUAGCUGUCACCGAACUCAAACUCGCCAUGGGCAGCGCUAAUGCUCUCAUCAAGUACCUGGGAUUGAUGCACGACACAAGCAAUUUUGGCCAGUAUCAACUGUACCAGCACGACCUCAGUCAGUACAUGAAGCUCGACGCCGCAGCUCUACGAGCACUUAACCUCAUGCCAGGCCCACGAGAUGGUUCGAAGACAAUGAGCAUAUUUGGCUUACUCAAUCAGUGCAAAACUCCAAUCGGCAGCAGGCUACUCGCACAAUGGUUGAAGCAGCCCUUGAUGAGCUUGUCAGAGAUUGAGAAGCGACAGGUUCUGGUCGAGGCCUUCGUCAAUGACACAGAAUUGCGACAGAAUCUACAAGAAGAACAUCUUAGAUCAAUCCCCGAGCUGUACCGACUUGCAAAGAAGUUCCAGCGAAAGCUAGCCAACCUAGAGGAUGUGGUCCGUACCUACCAGGUUGUUAUCCGACUUCCUGGUUUCAUCGAGGCCUUUGAGUCUGUCAUGGAUGAAACCUAUAAAGACGCUCUAGAUGAUGCUUAUACCGCACGCUUCCGUGAGCUCUCGAACCAGUUGGGCAAGCUUGCAGAGAUGGUGGAGACAACGGUCGACCUGGAAGCUCUCGAUCGUCACGAAUUUAUCAUAAAAUCAGAAUACGACGAGCGACUUCGUAUCAUUCGUGAGCGGCUUGACAAGAUCAAACACGAGAUGGAGGUGGAACAUCGUCGCGCUGGCAAAGAUCUAAACCAGGACAUCGAGAAGAAGCUCUUCCUCGAGAAUCACAGAGUACAUGGGUAUUGCUUCCGACUUACACGAACAGAAGCAAGCGCGAUUCGCAACAAGUCAAACUAUCAAGAGAUAAGCACGCAGAAAAACGGUGUCUAUUUCACCACCCGACAACUUUCAGACCUGCGACGCGAGCAUGACCAACUGAGCCAGAAGUACAACACCACUCAAUCUGGCCUGGUAAGCGAGGUUGUCACUGUAGCUGCCUCUUACGUGCCUGUGAUCGAAAAGCUGGCCGCGGUCAUAGCCCACCUCGACGUUAUCGUCUCCUUUGCGAACACAUCGGUACAUGCACCAACUGCUUACGUUCGACCAAAAAUGCACGAACGCGGCCAAGGAGACACCAUACUAACUGAAGCUCGUCACCCCUGUAUGGAAUGCCAGGACGACAUAACCUUCAUCACCAAUGACGUGGAACUACGACGAGACACAUCUCGCUUUCUCAUCAUAACAGGGCCCAACAUGGGCGGAAAGAGCACCUAUAUCCGAACCAUCGGUUGUAUCGCCCUCAUGGCCCAGAUAGGCUGCUUCGUACCAUGUACAUCUGCCGAACUGACUAUAUUCGACUGCAUCCUAGCACGUGUCGGCGCCUCAGACUCCCAACUCAAAGGUGUCAGCACAUUCAUGGCCGAAAUGCUCGAGACAUCCAACAUUCUCAAAUCCGCAACCCGAGACAGCCUGAUCAUCAUCGACGAACUCGGCCGAGGAACCAGCACAUACGACGGCUUCGGUCUCGCAUGGGCCAUCAGCGAAGAAAUCGUCAGCCGCAUCGGCGCAUUCGGGUGCUUUGCCACACAUUUCCACGAACUCACCGCAUUGUCUGAUAGAUAUCCCGACGCCGUCAAGAACUUACACGUCGUGGCUUUCGUCGGAGACGAGCAGAAAGUCAAAGGUGAAGACGACGUCAAAGUCAAUAAGAGGCGCGAAGUCACGCUACUAUACCGCGUCGAACCCGGUGUCUCCGACCAGAGUUUCGGCAUCCACGUCGCUGAACUAGUCCGCUUCCCUCAGAAAGUCGUCAACAUGGCUCGAAGGAAAGCUGAAGAACUCGAGGACUUUUCUUCGCACUCAGACGAUAAAAUGGCUGUUGAUAAGAAGAAACAAGAGUACACCAAAGAGGAGAUCGAUGAAGGCACCAGGCUGUUGAAGGCUGUGCUUAAGCAGUGGAAGGCCAAGGUUGAGGAUAUGGGGUUGGAGAUGAGUAAUGAGCAGAAGACACAGUUGAUGAGGGAGAUGGUGAGGAGUAAUCGGGAGCUUAUGCAGAAUCGGUUCUUCGCGGAGAGCAUGCAGGCACUGUAG